CGCCCGGGGCUGCUGGCGGCGGCGGGGUCUCCGUCCGGGCGGGCGCUGUCCUGGGCUGAGGGCGGAUCGGGGGAAGCGCCAACUCCCUGGCCCGGGAGCCGAGGGGUGGAGGGAGGGCGCGGCCGGGGCCCGCUGCUUAGGCGGCCCUUCCUCCCCUUCCGUGACUCCUUGGCCCCGGGAGGUUUCCUCCCGACGGGCGGUGUUUCCCUUCCUUUCCCGGAGCGCCGUCCCCACCCACCCCUUGCCGCAUGGAGGGCAUUAUAAGCGCGGCGGCGCGGAGGGCGGGAAGCUUCGCUGCCGGCGCCCGAGUUCGGAGACGCGCCUUUCCAACGGUCCGCCAGGAUGUGGCUACUCGCGAGGCUCCUGCUGGCGGCGGCGGCGCUGGCCGACCGAGGAAGCGGAGUAGCGGCGGCGGCGGUGGCGCCCUCGCCGGUCCCUUCGGGCGCCCAGUGCCUGGGUGCCGUGUGCUACGGAUUGUUCUGGGGGGCGCACAGCUUCGCCGAGGCCGGAGACGGGUGCGAGGCCGGCGGCGGGCACCUGAUGACGGUGCGCUCGACGGUGGCGGCCGAGGCGGCUGCGGUGCUGUUGGUCGGCCGCGCGGGCAGCGCGUGGUUGGGCCUGCGGCUGCCCGACGGCUCCUCGUGCGUGGAGCCGGCCAAACAGCUGCGCGGCUUCCUCUGGGUGACGGGCGACGAGCGCACGGACUACGAGGCCUGGGCAAACAAGUCGGCGCCGUCGGCGGCUGUUUGCGGCCCCCGGUGCGCGCUGGUGAACGAGCGGCUGAGCUGGGAGGAGCGCGCCUGCGACGCCGACGCCGACGGCUUCCUCUGCGAGUACAGCUACCCCGGAGGCACAUGCGGGCCGCUCACGCUGCAGGCUCCCGCCGCGGUCUCCUACCUCACCCCCUUCGGCGCCCGCGAGAGCGACCUCGUGGCCGCCCCGCCGGGGACGGCGGCCGAGGUGGCGAGCCUGAACGCCAGCCUGGAGUGCCGCGCGCACGGCGACGGCUCCGUCCGGUGGAGCUCGGCGUCGCCGGGCGCCUGGGACUGCCGUCUGGAGAACGGGGGCUGCCGGCAUCACUGCGUGACCUCCGGGGAUGCCGCCAUUUGCAUGUGCACCGAGGGCUAUGCGCUGGGCGCCGAUGGCCGGAGCUGCCUGGAUGUGGACGACUGCCAAGCCAAGCCGAGCCCUUGCGAGCAGGAGUGUGUCAACACCCAGGGGGGCUUCGAGUGCCGCUGCUAUGAAGGCUAUGAGCUGGUAGAGGGCAGGUGCUUGCCGAAAAAUCGCAAGUGCAUGGACUUAAAGUGCGAGCAUGAAUGUGCAGAGGUCAAUGGAGAGUAUGGGUGUAUCUGCUACGAACCAUUUGUGCCCCAUCGCCAAAAGCCGAAUAAGUGCGUUAUGUUCUGUAAUCAAACCGAGUGCCCAGCUGAGUGUGACCCCCACACGCGGGACACCUGCUACUGUGCAGAUGGCUUUAUCUUGCAAGAAAACUCAGAUGGGACAAAUGUCUGCGUAGAUAUUGAUGAGUGUGAUUCUGGAAGUUGCCACAAACUGGAGGAGUGCAUUAAUGUGCCAGGCAGCUAUAGAUGUAUCUGUCCAGUUGGGCAGUUGUGCAAGGAACCGCCAGAUGAAACAGAGUACUCUGGUGAUGCUGAAACUUAUUCCACCCCCUCAGUUCCCUCCUUCAUCCCACCCAAGGAGGAAGAUGCUGGCAGAAGCCAAGGGGUGUUGAUUGCUAUCAUUGUUAGUACCACAUUGAUGGUUAUAGUGUUAGUAGCGAUUUUGUGCUACUUGGUGAAAAAACACUGCACUUUACCCACCAUAAUGGAUUACAAAUGCCAACAACCUGAGACUGGGGUGCCAUUGCAGCAAGUAGUCACCCCAAACAGCGCCUCUUCCUGACAGAAAAUGUGGACCUUCACAUUUGGAGGAGAAGAAGUGGGAAUGGGGGAGAGCUAAAUUAUUUGAAUACUGGAUGGGAGAUGCCUGUGAAGUCCCCUAGGGAACUGCUGUGCAAACACAGCUUCCGGAGAGUGGCCAUACAAAUGCCAUACAUUGAGGUCAAUGUCAGUGUUUGACACUUUCCUGUACAUGAAUGACAAGGCAAGAGAGAAUGGAGGGAGCCUGGACUGCAUUCAUCUCUAGGACGUCUGCUCCAACUGUUUUUUCUCCAGUUGCAGCAUUCAUGUUUUCUUUUUCUCUCUCAACCAGACAUGAAACUAACGGUGCUUUUCUUCUAAAAAGGACUUAUUGUUAGUUUUGAAAACUUGGUUAUCUAAAAUAAAAAAUAAUAAAAAGGGGCUGUAUUUUGUUAGCCUUGUUUUACAAUGUAUUGAUACUGAGGUAUUUUUAGUCUGCUUCAUGCAUCUGAUAAAAGUAAGGUGUUUGCUACAAAGCUUAUGCCACAUCAACCACUUAGGAUACAGAACUACUGUGCAACUCUCAAUUUAUUUUAAUGUCACUGCGUCAGUAGAACUUCUAAUUGGGAUUGGCGUGUAGUUUUUAUGUGGCAGGAGCAGUUUUGCAUAUUUGCAGUUAAGAAGAUAUGUUUUAUGUAGCAGCAAUAUUAGAAAGCUCCCUUCCACCAAGUCCAUUGGUUAUCUCAGUGGUUCCCAGUUAGGGGUCAGAACGCACCCAGUGGAUCCACGGCCACAUCCCUUGCUCCCCCCCCACCUUGGUUUUUUUGGGUCAUUUUUGCAUGGUAAUAUCACAGAUUUUAUGGUCUGUUUUUAGUAAACCUAAAAACCUUUGCUUAUUAGGGGCUCCCCCAAAUUUGUUUUAAAAAUUGCUUUACAGAGGUAACUACCAUAGAGUUAUCAAAAUUUUCAAAAGUAGGGGGUCCAUUCCUUGGCUUUUGAAAAAUAGGAGGCCCUCUGUAAUUACCUAACUGGUCUAUCUUAUUCAUUAUUGUCUGCACAGAGAUUCAGCAGGCCAUGGAGCUCUGCCAUACCCCCCCCCCCCAUCCCAGUGAAAUAUCUGUUUUACAAUCUCAUUUUCAGGCUGUGGGUUUUUUUUUGUUACGGUUAAUUGAGAAAGAAAUACUAGAUAUGAACUUUUCCUCUAAUAAACAUGACUUUAAAGCUUUUUUCAUUUAUAUUACGAAACAUAAGCAUCAUAUGUGCCAGCUCCCUUGGGCCCUGGGGGCCCAACCCACCCACAAAAUUCCCCAUGAAGGGGCUGGGCACCCACAAAGUUCAGCACCAGUGCCAUGCAUGCUGCAGGGCCAAGCUGGCACUCCUGAUAAGCAUAAUGCAGAAUAAAACGAAGCACGUCAUCAUCACACAAAAAAGGGGGGAAAUCUCAGAAUUCAAGUAAUACAAAUCAGAAUUCAUGAUUGUGAGAGUAUUUGAUUAUAUCAUAAGCAAUGGAUCCCUGAGCUUCAAGCAUUGAUUGAUUCUGUGCAAUAAAAAUUAAUAUGCUGUUAAUUUCUAAAAGCUAAAUAAUUCCAAAACUUUUUCUAAGCCACUGCAUUUGUAAACAUAUAUGACAGAGAGGUUCCUGUGUGCUUAUAGGAAAUUCUGCUUAUAUGAAGGCACAUUGCCCAAGUAUUGGCUGCUUCAGAAAACUCAAUAGCUCCAUUUAACACUGUUUCCCCAAAAUUUCCUCUGAGCCGUACAACCUAUCCCCCCCCCCCGAUGGCUCAUGCUGAACUCACCCUUAAUGUAGGGCCAUUACUGUAUUUUUAAAUAUCCAACUAGGUCUGAGUAUUUGGGUGAUAUACCCAUGAACUGAGCCGCCCGCUCGGCAAGUCCCCCGUGUGCUGCGGUAAACUGGCGCAGUGUGGAGUGGGGACUUGCCGAACAGCGCCGGAAAUUGCGUCUAUGCAGCCGCAGAAGUGAUUUCUGAUGCUGUGGACAUUUUGGAAAUGGGCAGCCAGCACCGGAAAUCGCUUCUGCGCAGCUGCAGACAUGCAUAGAAGCGAUUUCUGGUUCUGCACUGCCCAUUUCCAAAAUGUCCGCAGUGCCAGAAAUCACUUCUGUGCAUGUCUGCAGCUGCGCAGAAGCGAUCUCCGGUGCUGGCUGCCCAUUUCCAAAAUGUCCGCCGCGCCACCAGAAAUCACUUCUGCGCCUGUGCAGCCCAUGUCUGGCCUAUGGACAGAAAAGGUUGCCAACGCCUGGUCUUAGAUAUAUAAUAAAUGCUCAGAAAUGUACAAGGCAAACACGUACAUAAAUAUAUAAACCAAUGACUGAAAACAGUACAGGAAGACAGUCUUGAAACCAUUUUGACUCCCAAACUGACCAAAUGUUUCUCUGCAAGGUGGGAGGGGGUGAGGGAACCUUCCCAUUGUCUCAGGAAUUAAGUAAUUACCAUCUCAAAGAAAUGGCCAGACUCCCAGGAAAGGCAAUUAGAGAAGGCAUUAUCAGAUAACCUGGCAGACAGGAAAAACAACAACAUUCAAAUUUCUGUUGUAGACCACCUUUUCUGUGCUGUAGGUAUGAUGUUUGUGGGGGGUGGUUUUGGGCUACACCCCUUCUGUGAUGUAUGAUGUAUGGAGGGGUGGUCUUGAGCUCCAGGGCAGGGAAUUUCAAAAUGUCUAUAUAAGGGCAGGCACACCAGAAAAUAACAGAGACCAACCAGAGAAUCUUGAGAAGCAAAGCAGCUAGUAAGCCUGAUCUUUAUUGAACUGUUGCAACAGGGUGCUCCCCUCACAGGCAAGAGAAAGGAGGAGGACCCAGAACAAAGGUCUGCCUGCCCUUAUAUAGGCAUUUUAAAUUGCCCACCCUGGAGUCCAAGAACACCCCCCAGAUACAUCAUAUCUACAUCACAGAAAAGGUGGUCUACAACAGAAAUCUGAGUGCGUUGUUUAUCUCCUGCCCGACAAGUUACCUGGUUGCAUUAUCUGGGUUUUGGCCACUCUUUUCUUAUUAUAACUACUUAAUUCCUGAAUCUACCGGUAGGUCACAGGUCAGAGGCUCACACCCUGUUCAUAUCUUGAAUGUGGCCUUAAGACAGGAUUUGUGAGGAAAGAGACAAUGGGGAGGUUCCCCACUUUGACCUUGCAGAGAAAUACUGUAUUUGAGGUCAAUUUGCUCAGGACCUAAUCUGUGGGGUUUCAGACAUGUGGUUUAUACAUACAAAUAUAUAUAUAUAUACCUUAAAUUUCUUUUUAAAAAUCAUUUUAUUAAUAAAAAUCAAUACAAUUUAAUACUACAAUCAAUUACAUUUUCCCCAUUUCCCCCUCCCCCUCCCCCCUCUACCACCCUCCUCAGCUCCCUCAGCUCCCUUGUCUGAUUUAUUUAUAUAUAUUGUUAUAUAAUUGUAUAUAUCAUUUCCCUAUUUGUUCAUAUACUUCUAAUAAAAAG